AUGGCGGUUCCUGGAUUUACCCUUGAUGUCUUCAUAUUUCUGUUGCACAUUAGUUCUGUGGCCAGUUAUCCCAAUGGAAAAGUAACAGGGUCAUGCCAUGGAAUGGUUCCUGAACAUGGUCAUAGUCCACAGUCUAAUCCUGUUCACAACAUUGCAGUGAGUCAGAACACAUUCAGACCAGGAGAUCAGAUCACAGUUACUUUGUCAGGACCACCAUUUAAAGGCUUUCUUUUAGAAGCUCGUAAUGCUGAGGAUUUGAGUGGCCCUCCUAUUGGCCCCUUUACGUUGAACGACAGUCAAGUGUCACAGCUUCUGACUUGUGAAGAUAUACAGGGAUCAGCUGUGAGUCACACAAGUUCAUCCAAAAAAACAGAAAUUAAGGUCUACUGGAAUGCUCCAAGUGGUGCCCCAAAUCAUGUUCAGUUUCUAGUCACAGUUGUGGAGAAGUAUAAAAUCUACUGGGUGAAGAUUCCUGGUCCUAUAAUUUCACAACCAAAUGCACUUCCUUUUACAACACCUGAAGCUAUAAUAGUACCUUUGUCAACGUUACAUCCAGUCUCCCAUUUAACCAAAUCAUUCAGUGCUUCGGACUGUGGAAACAAGAAGUUCUGUAUUAGGAGUCCUUUGAACUGUGACCCAGAGAAGGAGAGUGCCUGUGUCUUCUUGUCCUUCACAAGAGAUGACCAGUCAGUGAUGGUUGAAAUGAGCGGUCCCAGUAAAGGCUACUUAUCCUUUGCAUUUUCUCAUGACCGAUGGAUGGGUGAUGAUGAUGCUUAUCUGUGUAUUCGUGAAGAUCAGACCGUGCGCAUACAGCCUGCCCAUUUGACAGGAAGAAGUCACCCUAUAAUGGACUCCAGGGGUACUCUUGAGGAUAUGGCUUGGAGGUUGGCGGAUGGUAUUAUGCAGUGUUCUUUCAGAAGAAAUAUUACGCUUCCUGGGGUUAAGAAUAGAUUUGGUCUAAACACAAGCUACUACAUAUUUCUAGCAGAUGGUGCAGCUAAUGAUGGUCGAGUUUAUAAGCACUCUCAGCAGCCUUUGAUUACAUAUGAAAAACAUAAUGUGACAGACUAUCCAAAGAACAUAGGAGGAUCCCAUUCUUUGUUCCUCCUGAAGGUUCAUGGUGCUUUAAUGUUUGUGGCAUGGAUGACUACUGUUAGCAUAGGUGUACUGAUUGCCCGGUUCCUCAAACCUGUUUGGUCAAAAACUUUCUUCCUUGGUAAAGCAGUUUGGUUUCAGGUGCAUCGGGUGCUCAUGCUCACUACAUCUGCCCUCACCUGCAUUGCUUUCAUUUUGCCUUUUAUAUACAGAGGAGGCUGGAGUUGGCGUGCAGGUUACCACCCGUACCUCGGCUGUGUAGUGAUGGCUUUAGCAGUUCUUCAGCCUCUUCUGGCAGCCUUCAGGCCACCUUUACAUGACCCAAGAAGGCAAAUGUUUAACUGGACUCACUGGAGUAUGGGAACAGCUGCUAGAAUAAUAGCAGUGGCAGCAAUGUUCCUGGGAAUGGAUUUACCAGGACUGAAUCUUCCUGCUCCAUGGAAAACCUAUGCAAUGAUUGGGUUUGUAGCCUGGCAUGUCGGGACUGAGAUUGUUCUGGAGAUACAUGCUUACCGACUCUCUCGAAAAGAGGAAAUAUUGGAUGAUGUUAGAAUUCAGAUCCUUCAGUCAUUUACUGCAGCUGAAGCAGAGGGUCAUGCUUUUAAAAAGGCAGUGUUGGUGAUUUAUGUCUGUGGGAAUGUGACUUUUCUCAUCAUAUUUUUAUCUGCAAUCAACCACCUAUGA